GGGCGGGGCCGCGCCGCUGUGUCCCCGCCGGCCCCGUCGGGGCAGAGUGCGGGUGCAGCGCGGGUCCAGUGCGGGUCCAGUGCAGGUGCAGUGCAGGCAGCGCCGCCUCCUCCCUGCUUUCCUUCCUCCGCCUUUCCCUGCCGGACCGUCCAGCCUGGCGCCGGGGAGGACGGCUGCCCAGUUUGGACGCUGAAACACAUUGUACAUCUCGAAGUUCAGCUAGCCACUCAAAUCAGCAAUGUCUUCCAGACCAUUUGAAAGUCCUCCACCAUACCGGCCUGAUGAAUUCAAACCAUCCCACUAUGCACCGAGCAACGAUUUAUACGGCGGCGAGAUGCACGUCCGGCCAAUACUUUCCCAACCAGCCUACUCUUAUUACCCGGAGGAUGAGAUUCUUCAUUUUUACAAAUGGAGUUCCCCUCCAGGAGUGAUCAGGAUUUUGACUGUGCUCAUCAUUGUGAUGUGUGUGGCCAUCUUUGCUUGUGUGACCUCCACGCUAGCCUGGGACAGAGGCUAUGGAAACUCAUUGAUGGGCGGGAGUAUGGGCUACCCCUUAUAUGGGGGCAGCGGUUUUGGAGGAUUUGGUGGGAGUUAUGGCAGUGGCUAUGGGUACGGCUACGGUUAUGGCGGAAGUUAUACUGACCCCAGAGCGGCCAAAGGCUUCUUGCUUGCAAUGGCUGCCUUUUCUUUUAUUGCUGCAUUGGUGAUAUUCAUUACCAGUGUUAUAAAAUCAGGAAUGUCCAAAACAAGAAGGUAUUACUUGAUUGUGAUCAUAGUCAGUGCUAUCCUGGGGAUUAUGGUAUUUAUUGCUACCAUCGUCUACAUAAUGGGAGUUAAUCCAACCGCACAAGCUUCUGGGUCUAUGUACUCCAAUCAAAUCUAUGCUCUCUGCAACCAGUUUUAUACACCUACAACCUCUGGACUCUAUGUGGAUCAGUAUCUUUAUCAUUACUGUGUGGUGGACCCCCAAGAGGCCAUUGCCAUUGUAUUGGGGUUCCUCAUUAUUGUGGCUUUUGCCCUAAUGAUAUUCUUUGCGGUAAAAACCCGGAGUAAGAUGGAUAAAUAUGACAAGUCAAACAUCCUGUGGGACAAGGAAAAAGUUUAUGACGAACAACCACCUAAUGUGGAAGAAUGGGUGAAGAAUGUAUCUGCAGACACACAAGAAGUGCCUCAACCACCAUCUGACUUUGUGGAUAGAGUUGAUAGUUCCAUGGCAUAUUCUUCAUAUGGCAGAAUGAAUGAGAAGCGGCCAUAUCCAGACUCUUCCUACAAAUCAACUCCAGUGCCUGAAGUGGUUCAGGUCCUCCCAGUGACUUCACCAGUAGACGGCAUCCGACAGCCUCGCUACAGCAGCAACAGUAACGUUGAAGUGUCCACAAAGAGGACCCCCAGGAAGGGGAGGGCAGGAAGGUCAAAGAGGACCGAGCAGGACCACUACGACACAGACUACACAACUGGUGGAGAGUCCUGCGAUGAGCUGGAGGAGGACUGGGACAGGGAGUACCCACCUAUUACUUCCGAUCAACAAAGACAGCUCUACAAGAGAGAUUUUGACAAUGACCUACAGGAAUAUAAGAGUUUACAAGCUGAACUUGAUGAAGUCAAUAAAGAACUCUCUCGCCUAGAUAAAGAGUUGGAUGACUACAGAGAAGAAACUGAAGAAUACAUGGCUGCAGCAGACGAAUACAAUCGACUAAAAGAUGUAAAGGCUUCUUCAGAUUACAAGAGAAGGAAGAAAUACUGUAAAGAACUGAAGAGCAAAUUGUCACACAUCAAAAGGGUGGUCAGUGAUUAUGACCGACAGAAGUCAUAAGCGGAUAUUGUACCUGGAAAUCAUGCAACUGUAAACAGGGAAUAUGUGUCUUGUUCCUCUGUAAAUGACACAAUUUUUUCAGAAGACAAAAAUGGCUUUAUGUUGUAACAUGGGAGUUAAACACCCCUUUUUGACCUUUAAAGUCCUGGUAGCUAAUUCAAUUUUAAUAUCAGUGUUGGUGCAUUUUUAAGUACUUUCAAUUAUUGGCUCUAACCCUCAAGGUUUUCACACUCUAAACUUUUGUUCCACUAUUAGGACAAAUCUUUUUCCCUUUCUCCCUCAAAUCCAGUUUGAGGAAUUUAUACAAAUUGGUUCAGUAUAUUUAUUGCUGUACCAUACACUCAAGACACAAAAGCCCCUGAAUACAGACUAACCUCAGUAUGAAGCGGUCUCAGAAACAAGACUGCCUCUGGGAGCUCCAUUUUUAGUGAAGUCUUUUCAUUGAAGUCUGCAUGAAAUGUGAAGCUCUUGGCCUAAAGGACAAACUUCUCUUCUAGUAUUUGCUUCAUUCUUUUUGCCUAUUUGAGUAGCUUACAAUUUGUAAAUAGGAAGUGAGCUAUUUUUAUCAGACUGAAUACUUUCUAACCACAGUUAUGGCAAAAGUGUAAAAUGCAAAGAUGGUGUAUAUUUUUUAAAUUUUGGCAUUUAAAUAUAUUUUAGGUUAGAAAUUUUGUCGGGGUUUUUUGAAUAAUUGGUUCACCCACUAUGGUUUACAUGAGUGUGUUUUUUUGUUUUUUUUGGUUUUUAACUGAUUAGAUUGACACUUUGUACCCAAUAGAACAAGUUGACUUUUGUAAACAAUUUGUUACCAUUGUAUCUUAAAAGAAUUUGCAGACUGUACAUAGUUUUAUAGGUUAUUAAACCUGGUGUUUUCUUGAUUUAAAAAUUUCUGCCUGGUAUCCUGAAUGCUCACCAUAUUCAGUUAAAAAUCUGAGCUGGAGGUGUUUGCCCCUUGCUUUGGGCUCUGAUUUUUUUUUAAGAUUCCUUGGCAGGAAAAACAGAUCUAUCUCACUGAAACACCUCAAGAACUCAUUAAGUCCAAUGAAAUACUGAAUUAUUUCUGAUUGUGCCUUUGUAUUUAAGGAUAGCUUCUUAAAUUUUUCUGCUUAAUCUAAGUCUAAUGAUUGAACUCAAUAAUAAAUCAGAAUCAUUUUCCUAA